CAGCAUGCGACGCGGCGUGCAGCGCUGUGAAGGACGCAGAUGAGUAAAGUUGGGAUGAAUUAAGCCAAAAAUUAGGAUUGUGGGAUGGCAGUGUCGUGUCUGACUCGAGCUCUUCGCACCCUGACAGUGUCCCAGUCCCCUCUACUCCCCUCUCAGCUUCUGGCACAGGCAAAUGCUGGAGCUCAGUUAAUAAAUCCGGGACAAUGCAAAGGCUUUCAGACCACAGCUGCACUAGAGCAGAACAGGACUUUCUGGAAAAAGAUGGACAAGUACACAAUCAGACCUAUUGGGAUGAAGAAGACUGGGGGCAGAGACCACACAGGAAAGAUACGGACACAUGGCAUCGGUGGCGGGCACAAGCAGAGAUACCGGUGGGUGGACUUCCAGCGACUGAGAUAUGAACCAAACAAAGAAGAUAAACCUUUUGAAGAAAAGGUCGUCCAAGUGAGAUACGAUCCCUGCAGAUCAGCAGACAUUGCACUCGUUGCUGGAGGUAAUAGAAAAAGAUGGAUCAUUGCUACAGAGAACAUGCAGGUUGGGAACAUCAUCAAGACCUCUGGAGUCAUUGGACGCAUGGCAGUUUCAGCAAAUGAAGGAGAUGCUUUCCCUCUAGGAGCUCUUCCUGUGGGGUCUCUGAUCCACAACCUCGAAAUAAAACCAGGCAGAGGAGCACAGUAUAUCCGGGCUGCAGGCACAAGUGGUGUACUACUCCGUAAAGUUAAUGGAACAGCAAUUGUUCAACUUCCCUCAAAGCAACAAGUUCAGGUUGACGAGACCUGUAUGGUCACAGUGGGACGAGUGUCCAACAUUGACCACAAUAAAGAAAUCAUUGGGAAAGCGGGUCGUAAUCGCUGGUUUGGGGUCCGUCCUUCGAGCGGUUUAUGGCAAAGAAAAGGAGGCUGGGCUGGACGCAAGAUCAAACCUCUGCCUAAAAUGAAAGUCUAUGUCAAUUUACCCUCAAUAGCAGCUAAAUAACAUCAAACAUCUUUGCUCCUUUAGACUGGUUACAUCAGAUAGAACUUUACUAAUGAUGAAAUGUACUGUACAGUAUGAGAAAACAUGUUGAAUAUUGCAAAAUAAGACAAUACAGCUGUAUAUGGAUGUUGUUUUUGUUAAAUAAAAUAUGCCUGAACUCUAUGGGUAAUGGGUAAAAAUUACAUUGUUCAAAAUGAUUUGUAGCAAGGACUAAAAUUAACCAACCAAAACUAAGAGUCAAAUUAAACAAUUAUUCAUUUUUCAUUAAUUCAUAAUUAUUAUUGUAUUGAUUAUUAUGAAUUGACAACUUUCAAUGUAAAAUAUUUUUGUAGUUUGUCCUCUAGUUUCUUGAGGUAUAGAUAACUCUGUUGUUCUAAUAAUUGUUUUUGAACUACUAUGGUGGAUCUACAAAAUACAUAGAAUGAAGGCCGUGCUUUGUACAGAAGAUUAAAAAUUUUAUUUAACACAACUGCUUGUGAGCAUGGAAACAAACAAACAAUAUAAAAAUCCAAAACAUAUUUACAUCUAUAGUAAAACAUGCAGAGGAACCCAUAUUUUUAGUGGUAACUUUAAAAAUACUGUCAUGUUUUUAAAAGAGGAUUUGUGCAAAGACGAUGGGUGGUAUUUCAAGUAACAGGAACAUUGAGAUGGCAUGUCUCAUCAUCAUGGAGUAGUUUUUGCUGCUUUUGAGACUUAUGUCAGAGGCUCAAACACAUUACAGUUUAAAAGUGUGCAGGGACAUUAAGUUUUUUAAGUAAAAUUCCCAUAGUUGUUUUUUUUUAAUAUUAAACAUUUGUUGGAGUCUAUUAGGUCUGUAGUAACACAUGAGUAUAAGACAUAAUAAAUAAUAUUUGUGAUGCAUAAGCCACAAAGUUAUAAUUACACCUUGCUGUAUUUUUAGUUCUUUUAUAUUCAUGUAUUUAAUAUAAUUAGGUUAUGGUUAUUAGUUGCCACAUAUCUGAUCUCAAAAUAUUAAGAAUUUUCCCAAAAACUUUUCAAACUUAAUAGGACAUUUGUUGAUUUCCACUCUUGAUCUCUAUAAGUGGUAUGCAAGAUUUGUCUUAUAGUAUUUAGUCCUGAUUUACCUAACCAGUACUGACCUUGGUUUAUUCUGGUUUAGACUUUUUAGUUUAGACUAUUAUGACAAUUUUAGCUAAUUAAAAAUAUGUUAAAAGCAAAUUAUUUUAUAUAAAAGCAAAUUUAAGAGGUAAUUGCUGGUCGUUUAAGUUUGAAAACCUCUGAUUUAAAAAUGUUAGCAUGCCCGCUCAUUGAUCCAGCCUUGUAAAGUACCCCCAUGCUACGUCUAGAUUCAGGGCAAAAAGGUUGCGAGUUCAAAUACGAUGAAAUAAUCUUGCCAUUUUAGUUUGAAAAAAAGGUUGCGAGUUCAAAUACGAUGAAAUAAUCUUGUCAUUUUAUUUUGAAAAAAGCUAAAUUGCAUGUCUACUAAGUUAAUUCCCUCAAAUAAUUCUGCAUUGGCUAAUACUAAACAACCUAGGCAGCUAGAACACAGGCAGACACACACGGUGGUAGCUGCAAUGAGUGGCAAAAAUAAUGUAACAGUUUCUUCCAUAGACCUUAAUAGGCAAAUGCAGCCAAUACAGUCAAUAAUAAUAAUUACGAAAAUGAGCACACGGGUUUCUCUAGUCUAUAGGUAGUGGUUCUUUCAAAUAUAACACCUCAAAAUCAAAAGCAAUGUCCCAAUUUGAGAUAAAAUGUAUUUAAACCACAUCAAAGUGCAUUAUAAAAGAGGGAAAUGUAUGAGAAAUGACUAUUAUAGUGUUUGCAUUGUAGGACUUCAUAGCAACAAGGGUAAAUAUUUGGCAUUUAAGUUAAAGGGAUAGUGCAGUGUUUUGUAGUUUCUAAUAGACACUUUUAGAGUAAAUGAUCGCUGAUACACUCCUAGUUUAGACAA